CCCAGGGCGCGCGCGCCGCUGGCGUUUCCUUGGCGCGGAGGAGGGGAGCGAAGUGAGGGGGGGUCGUCAGCUUUGGUGUCUGCAUUGGCCAGUUCUGAAAUCUCCUUGAAGGAGCCCUACAUUGAGGAAGAUCAAAGCAGCAGUCUUUGCCAACUGGGGAAUGGACCGUUUGAGUUCCUUUAGCAAUGAUCCCUCUGAUAAGCCGCCUUGCCGCGGCUGCUCCUCCUACCUCAUGGAACCUUAUAUCAAGUGUGCUGAAUGUGGGCCACCUCCUUUUUUCCUGUGCUUACAGUGUUUCACUCGAGGAUUUGAGUACAAGAAACAUCAAAGUGAUCAUACUUACGAAAUAAUGACCUCAGAUUUUCCUGUUCUUGACCCCAGCUGGACUGCUCAAGAAGAAAUGGCCCUUUUAGAAGCUGUGAUGGACUGUGGCUUUGGAAAUUGGCAGGAUGUAGCCAAUCAGAUGUGCACCAAGACCAAGGAGGAGUGUGAGAAGCACUACAUGAAGCAUUUCAUCAAUAACCCUCUAUUUGCAUCUACCCUGCUAAACCUGAAGCAAGCAGAGGAGGCAAAAACGGCUGACACAGCCAUUCCAUUUCACUCUACAGAUGACCCUCCCCGACCUACCUUUGACUCCUUGCUUUCUCGGGACAUGGCAGGAUACAUGCCAGCUCGAGCAGAUUUCAUUGAGGAGUUUGACAAUUAUGCAGAAUGGGACUUGAGAGACAUUGAUUUUGUUGAAGAUGACUCGGACAUUUUACAUGCUCUGAAGAUGGCUGUAGUAGAUAUCUAUCAUUCCAGGUUAAAGGAGAGACAAAGGCGAAAAAAAAUUAUAAGAGACCAUGGAUUAAUCAACCUUAGAAAGUUUCAGUUAAUGGAACGGCGGUAUCCCAAGGAAGUCCAAGACCUUUAUGAAACAAUGAGGCGAUUUGCAAGGAUAGUGGGGCCAGUGGAACAUGACAAGUUCAUUGAAAGCCAUGCAUUGGAAUUCGAGCUCCGAAGGGAAAUCAAGAGGCUCCAGGAAUACAGGACAGCAGGCAUUACCAAUUUUUGUAGUGCCAGAACCUAUGAUCACCUCAAGAAGACUCGAGAAGAGGAACGCCUCAAACGCACUAUGCUCUCGGAGGUUCUCCAGUACAUCCAGGACAGUAGUGCCUGUCAGCAGUGGCUCCGCCGGCAGGCUGACAUUGAUUCUGGCCUGAGUCCUUCCGUACCGAUGGCUUCAAAUUCAGGUAGACGAAGUGCCCCGCCCUUGAACCUCACUGGCCUCCCUGGCACAGAGAAGUUGAAUGAAAAAGAAAAGGAGCUCUGUCAGAUGGUGAGAUUGGUCCCAGGAGCCUAUUUAGAAUACAAAUCUGCUCUACUCAACGAAUGUAACAAGCAAGGAGGCUUGAGACUGGCACAGGCAAGAGCACUCAUCAAGAUAGACGUGAACAAAACCCGGAAAAUCUAUGACUUCCUCAUCCGAGAAGGAUACAUCACUAAAGCCUGAGGCUCUUCAGGCCUGGUAGGCCAAAGGACAGUACGGGCAUUGUGGAGUUUUGUUUUUGAGCUGAAUUCUCCUUGUAAAAAGAGGGGAAGAACAAAGGAAACCUUAAGUUGUAUUAAUGUCUACUUUCUUCUCCACCUUGCUUUAAAAUACUCCUGUUGUUGGUAUUGUGCUGCAGAGUUAUGUGCUAGAUAAGCUAUUAUUAAUUGUGUGUGGGCAUUCAUUCCUAACACCUCUUGUAACUAAAACAAGAACCAUAGUACCUCACAUCACAGUGUUGGUAGAAAUAGAACUAAACCAGUCUUUAGUCCCAGGAGUGCAGCUCAGAUCCUUGUACUUGCUUGGGAGGUUGGUUUUCUGAUUAUCUGUUUUGCGUUCAAACAUUACAGACAGAUUUAAAAUAUAGAGGUUAUAUAGAGAGAAAGCUUUCUCUUUCUGUCCGAGGAUUCUUUUAAGCUAACAACUUAUGUUUAUGAGCAAAGAGGAGGAAAAUCUCCCCAUGAUGGUCUUGUCCCAAACUGCAUCUUCAACUUUAAUGUCUGGCUUUGUAAGUUGCAGUCUGGCUGUCUAAUCUGCAGUAGACUUUCGAGGAGGUGGCACUGGGUAUAAAAUGUCUCUGUUAUUUUUAGAAUUAAUGGAUUAAAAUGUUUUGCUACUUAAUUUGUGGGUGUGUCAAAUAUUCUGGUAACUAAAGCACACUUAGGGGGUUGGAUGCAUGCCUCAUCACGCUGCACUGUCUCUGCUAACAUGUGUGUCCUGGACUCACCCUAUUCUCGCCCUUGGCUUCCCUGGAUACCAGACCCCUGAGGAUGGAGGUGAUGCAAUUAACCUCAGUGUUGCUUAGGUUGAGACCUGAACCCUAAUUUCUCAAUGGUUAAAGGCUAGCCUACAAUAAGAGCUACUUGUAAAACAAAAGGAAAGCCUUUUCAUAUAUGGAGCUCACUAGAUAGGAGGGUGAGUGACCCCACCACGUCUGAAACUUGGUCCUCAAAUCUUUCUGCACAAUAAGAAGCCAAACUCAGAGUCAGGGUUUUCCCUUUUCUGUUAGAAGCAAAGUUGUAUGGAAAUACUUCAGAAUCUGCACAAAUUACCUCCAGUAGCCGACUGAUUCUUUAAUUCUUUCAGCAUUCAAAAUAUCUAAUUCAAAUAUUAUAUGCCUUGUUGGAAGUAUCUGCUCAAACUUCUUGACUGCUGUAAAUACGCAUGCAGUUUGCUAAUAGACUUCAUCUAGGGGAUAACAAAUGAAAAAGAAACUCUUAGGAUCUGAGGGAAAUAGA